AUGUUUGGGACAUACGAAAUUUUAUAUAAAUGUAAACGUACAAAUGCUAGAGUAUCAACUUUUGAACUGUCUAACGGUAAACUUGAACUUCCAAUCUAUAUGCCUGUUGGUACGUAUGGUGCAAUGAAAGCCGUUACAACUGAUAACAUUAAAGAAAAUAUGAUAUUAGCAAACACUUAUCAUCUUAGGGAGUUGGGAAAAAAUAUAAAAAAAUUUAUGAAAUACAACGGUAACAUGCUUACAGAUUCAGGAGGUUUUCAAAUUGGCAGCCUUCCUGAUGUUGUAGUUGAAGAAGAAGGAGUCAAAUUUUUUGACAAAAUGUUUACACCAGAAGAAAGUAUGGAUAUUCAAAUGGUGCUUGGUGCUGAUAUAAUAAUGCAAUUAGAUGAAGUUGUAAAUCCUAACGAUAAGUUAGAAAGUAUUGAAAUUGCUACAAAGCGCUCUAUUAGAUGGCUUGAUAGAUGCAUCAAGCAAGUUUAUUAUAACGAGAAUACCGCAAAACGUAUAAAAACUAACGAAGAAAUUUUAUCGAUCAAAUUAAGCAGUAAAAGUACACAGAUUUUAUUUCCUAUUGUUACUGGAGGUCUUUCAGAAGAACUUAGACAAUUUAGCAUAAAUGAAAUUUUGAAAAGAAAUCCAGUAGGACUAGCUAUAGGUGGAUUAAGUGGGGGAGAAGAAAAAAGUGAAUUUGCACGAACAGUCUCUUAUUGCUGCAAAAAUCUUCCUGAAAAUAUUCCUCGGUACAUUAUGGGUGUAGGAUAUCCCGAAGAUAUUGUCGUAUGUGUCGCAUUAGGAACGGAUAUGUCUGAUUGUGUCUAUCCAACAAGAACUGCACGAUUUGGGAGAUUUUUUAGCGAUAAUGGAGAUUUUAUUAUUAGUAAUCGAGUAAAGCACGACUUUACUAAUAAUGACGAAUGCGAUUGUUUUACCUGCAAAAAUUAUUCAUUUGCUUAUCUAAAUUUGCUUAAGGGAACUUCUAAUUUUUGUAUGCUUGCAACAGAACAUAAUUUACAUUACAUGAGAAAUUUAACUAAACGCAUAAGAGAAGCUAUUAAAAAUAACUCUUAUCCUGAAUUUAUUAAGGAAUUUAUGACUAAAAGGUACAAAAAAAUACCAGAAUGGAUUGUUGAUGUGAUGAAACAAUUUAACAUUCAAUUAUGA